UACAUACAUAGAAUUUUACUAAUAAUGAGAUAAUUUAACUCAUUUAACUUAAAUUAAAUUGUCAUUAGUGACUAAAGAGAUAUUUUAUACAGUGGUUCGUGUAUUAUAUUCAAGAUCAUAACUUAAUUUAAAUGCUCGUUACAGAAAUAUUGAUUAAGCCUUAACAAUUUUUUACAUUUUCAUACAUCACUAGCUGAAGGCCCGGCGUUGCCCGUGGUAAAAAAAACGUAUAUAAACAAAUUUCGGUAAUUUCCUAGUAAACGGUUUUUGGAUUAUAUAGAUAACAACUAUGAUAUUUUGCCUUUAAAUUGAAAUAGCUUUUCCUGGCAGUAUUUACUAUUUAUAUAUGUUUGUUUAACCCUUUCCAUGUCCUUUCUGUCUGUAGGACAUCGUUUUGUUGUUCUUUUUCCUUUUAAUUUAUCAUAUUGCAUAAUUGGCUUCACAAUCUUUUCUCUCUUUUCAAGUUUGCAUUUAUUACAUUUAGCAAGGGCAUAUCCCUCGGUGUAAAAAUGGCAAAGACGGUGCCCUUCCUGUAUAAAAGCCACUUAUCAGAGAAUGUGGGCGGGAGGAGGUGAAGAUUAAAUAAAAAAAAGCAAGAUGGAAUCCUUAAUUGAUAUUGAAGAUUUCUCCGGCAGGUUGCUCCACCAAGCAGCUCUCUGGGAUAACGCAGAGUUGCUGGAGGACUUGUUGAACGGUGAGGAGCUGGAGUUCAUCAACUCUGCAGACUCCUGGGGAAGGACUCCUCUCCAUGCAGCUGCUACCACAGAAACUUCGCAAUGUCUUCGGAUACUUGUUCAAGCAGGUUCAGAUAUUAAUGCGCCAUGCGGGCCUAGGGGAGAAUGCCGCACUCCUUUACAUAUAGCAGCUGAACAUGGAAAUGUACAAAAUGUACAAGUUUUGGUUGAGGCUGGAGCUGACCUACUGGCCAAGGACGCCCUGGGUCUCACACCCCUCGACCUCGCGGACAAGAUGGAUCACACUGAGUGUAUGGAGGUUCUCAGGGAGGCUGUGGAUAAGAAGGAACAAGAGAAACAAAAAGAUUUCUAUAAUUUGUUAGACGCCUGCGCUGCUGGUGACAUAAACACUGUUAAAACUAUUCUAGGAACUGACAGCUAUGCCGCAGACCUGGUUAACUAUGUACCCAACGGUAGCAGCAGUCUCCUCUUCAAAUCCUCCGAGCAUGGGCAGAGGGAGGUGGUCAAGUAUCUAUUGGAACGAGGAGCCCGAGCACAGAUUCAUCCUGUAACUAAAUACUCUCCUCUGUAUAUAGCAGCGUAUAAUGGAAAGAAGGAUAUUGUUGAGAUAUUAUUAAAAAAGUUCCCUGAACUAAUAAACAUGCAGACAGUAGAAAAAUGGCUGCCACUCCAUGCGGCGUGUUUCAACGGACACGCAGCUGUUCUGGAGUUCUUGUUAAAGUACAAGUUCCCUGAUGAUAUAUUAAUCAAUUUCAAAGAUAGAACAGGAUGCUGGAAAUAUGAACUUCCGUUUGAUAUAAACCAGCGAGAUCUUUCCGGUCAGUCUAUUCUUUACCUGGCUUGUUGUAUCGGUAACCUGAGGAUGGUUGAUCUUCUCCUGGAGUUUAGAGUUAAAGCAACUAGUACAACCCUUCCACCUCCAGAUUCAGAGGAGGAACCAACAGAGAGAGCUCCAAAACCCCGUGGAAUCGGUCUGCAAGCUCUUCUUUCAAAAUUUCAAUCAAAAGAGGAAAUUCUCAAGUCUAACGAGACCUGGAUUAAACCUGUAGACCUUGACCUGUACUGUAAUCAGGGUUCGGAGACAGCUCUUCAUGUUGCAGUGAGGAAUCGUCAUCAUGCUAUAGCCUCCCAUAUCUUAGCCGCCGGAGCUGUUCCUAAUCUUGCAAUGCAGAACCGUCGGAGUAGUGUUGACGGAGAAACCUUCUCCAAGUCCUCGACUUGUUUGCUGGAGGCAGCCAAGAACCGGGAUAUGGGAAUGAUAGAUCUUCUUCUGAGAUAUGGCGCUAGAGAUGAUCAAAACCUUGCACUAGCUGCUGCCGCUAAGACGGAUGAUUUCUUAGUAAUGUCUAAACUGCUUGCUCUGAAGGCUCACCAGGACCAGGAGUCCAGUGUAAACAAGAAUGCUAUUGCUGAAAUGCAUAUGGGAAGAUCAAUGAAAGGUAGGUCAUCUGUUAGUUCUCUAACCUACAACUCAAUGUGUCCAAGCACCCCUGUUAUGAUUAACUGGCAUCAGACCGGAGCACUAACUGUUGUUAAAGAGCAGUGGCUCACAGAAUGUGCCGUAAAACAGAACCCUAAGCUAAGAUUGAGCCCGAAAUAUCAACCAAUGGCUCUUCAUGCAAUCACCAGGUUAGAUUUAUCUAACAAUGAGAUUAUCCAGCUCCCAGAGGUUCUCUGGUCCCUGCAGAGUUUGAAGUUCCUAAGUCUGGCUGGGAAUAAGUUGGAGAUGUUAAACGACUGUUCCUACUCUUCUCCAUGGUUAGAGGAGAUACAACUGCAGGAUAAUAGAUUAGAAUACAUCCCUACUAAUCUAUUCAAACUCCCUCUCCUGUCCAUUCUUGACGUGUCUAACAACAAGCUCCAGAAUGUUCCAUUUGCUCUCUGGACGUCCACCUCUAUCCGGGAUAUAAACUUGUCCCUGAACAUGCUCUCCGAUCUACCGACCUCACUGAGUAUGCUCCGCCACGAAUCCGUCUCUUCACUAGGGGCGGAGAGCCAGAUGUACGAUUCCUCGUCUGUUAACAGUGAUGUCGGAUCGGAUAAUGUCUCAGUCCAAUCAGAUCCUGAGGAUUCUAUAGAUAUUGAAGACGAUGCUAAACAAUUGGAGGAGAAAACCUCCCAACUGGAUCAGAUCCAAGUAAACCACUGCAACAAGUGGAAGUCUAGUCUAGUCAUUGUAGAGAAGGAGCAGUUGGAUCCAACAAUAGAUAAAGACGAAUGCAAGCUCCAAAGUCUAAACCUUUCUCACAACUCCUUCCGUGAGAUCCCUCUAGGUCUACCAUGUCUAGCUCCUCAUCUUACCCGUCUUCAUCUCUCAUAUAACUCAUUAUCAACGAUUGGACCUUUAUCAAGAUAUCCAGCCUCCUUGAAACAUCUAGAUUUAUCCCACAAUCAGAUAGAUUCCUGGCCAGGGGACAUGGAGACAGAUGGAAACUGUUAUGCUCUUCAGGAGGGGAACCCAACCACAGGAAGUUCAUGCAGUACUCCGGAGCCUAGGAAGGUUGGCAGAUAUCCUGUCCGACAAGGGUCUAGAGUAUUCUGUCCGCACCGGAGACACAUCAGGAUGGAAAACCUGAGAACUUUGAUCCUGGCAGAUAACCUGCUCCGUGAGGUUUGUCUGUAUGUUUCGCACCCGGAUAAUUUCAGUACUCCGUCUGAAGAUCUGACCGAGGUUGGGAAUGAUAUCUUGACUCCUAAAUCUAAACUGAUGUUCAGUAACCUAAGUAUGCUGGAUGUGAGUAACAACUCCCUAAAAUGUAUUCCUGUGAGUACAAGUGAGAUAACUAAUCUCUCCGUCCUGAAUAUCUCCGGGAAUGAAGGUAUAACUGAUCUGCCCCCGCAGAUGGGUCUCCUCUCCAGACUCUGGAACCUGAAUACAAGGGGAUGUAACCUACAGGAACCUCUGGCCUCUAUGACGAACUCAAAGCACUACAAGACGAUGGAUAUUAUCGGAUAUCUCAGAUCGGUCCUUGAGGACGCUAAACCAUACGCCAGGAUGAAACUGAUGGUUGUUGGAGUUCAAGGUAUCGGGAAGACGACCCUCUUAGAACUACUCCGAGCUGAAGGAGGAUCGUAUAAGAGAACCAGGCAGUCGGAGCACUGGGCUAGGCGAAUGGGAAACAAGAACAUGACGAUGAAGAGCGGGAGAGGAGUGAGUAUGAGCACUGUCGGAGUAGAUAUCGGAGAUUGGACGUAUGAGAAGAAGAAUAAAACCCAGAAUAUGUUUGGACCUGUUGUGUUUCGAACCUGGGACUUUGGUGGACAGCAGGAGUACUAUACAACACAUCAAUACUUCCUCUCCAGGAGGAGUCUAUACCUUGUUCUCUGGAAGAUCGGAGACGGGGAGAAGGGUAUAAAUGAGAUCCAACAAUGGCUGAUAAAUAUCCAGGCCCGGGCACCCAACUCCCCGGUUAUAAUUAUAGGAACCCAUCAGGAUGUGACUAGUACUCAGUUUCCGCCCUCGUUUAGUGAAUAUUUACAGAAUAAGAUUAGGGAUAGGUUUAUUAACCUUGUGGACCCGGAGAAAUGUGGGUUACCUCGAGUCCUAGACUCUCUAGAAGUGAGCUGUAAAACCAAAUAUAAUAUUAAACAUCUUGCAAACCUUAUCUACGAUACUGCAUUUAGUCUCAAGUCCCAAGGGAGUAAACAAAGGCUCCUGGAGCAGAAAAUCCCCGCAACCUACCUCUACCUGGAGGAGAUAGUUGGAGAUCUGUGCGUAGAGAUGCGACACACUGGACACGAUCCUGUCCUAGGACAAGUGGAAUAUGAGGAACUGGUCACAUCUCAUAUGAAGUCUAAAUACAGUACAAGCUUCAGGGAUAGUGCGGAGCUUCACCAGGCGACAACUUUCCUACAUGAGAACGGAGUCUUGCUCCACUAUGAUGAUGCAACCCUACGAGAUCUCUUCUUCCUGGAUCCACAAUGGUUGUGUGACAUGCUCUCACAUGUUGUCACAAUUCGGGAGAUCAAUCCUUUUGUGAAAAAUGGUAUAAUGCUUCUUGAAGAUUUGAAACAUGUUUUUAAAUCCUCAACUGCCGUUUCUCUCUCUGCUAAAUCCUACAUCGUGAAUCUACUUAACAAGUUUGAGGUUGGAUUGACCUGGGAUAGCAGAACCCUUCUCAUACCUUGUCUUCUACCUACAGAAACCAUGUUGUACAGCGGGAUACCAGGGAUAGAUAGCAGGGUUACCAUCCCUCUUAGAUCUAGAGGAUGGGCACAGAGAGGACGAAGAUCUAUUAAUACUUCUGCAACUACUGUUGUUGGAAAAUCAUCAUUUUUCACUCAAGAUCUAGAGGAUAAAGGUCUAACGAUGCAGAAUCGGAGCAGAAGCGUCCCAGCCCGACGUUUACUGAGAUCUAAAGAUAUCUCUUCUCCAAUCGAUCAAUCAAGAAAAGAAACAAAAAAGAUUCCUCGAGAUUAUGAUCUCUCUCAUAGAUCUGAGCCUGAUCAUGCAAUCCAUAGAUUGAUUCUUCUUGCCUAUCUCCCCUCUGGAUUCUGGUCUAGAUUGCUGACAAGAAUCCUAGGUGAUGAUUCUGUUGUGGAAACAAUUAGAUCCUAUUUUGUAAUACCUCAGGAGGUAGAACAGGAUCCUCAUCUGGGACGAAUUAUCAAUGAGCAUAAACCUGAGUGGGUUUGCUGGCAGACAGGGUUGGAGCUACAGUACCUGGAUACUAUUCUCUUCUCAGUAAGAGAGGUCCUCCCUAAGUCUAUGGCAACACUGGAUUAUCACAACAUGAAUUUAAUGGUGAAGCAAGAGGGAACCUGGGCGAAGGUUGAUCAAGCAGGUUCAGCAAUUAUAGAAAUAUCCCUCCCCCAGGAUACAGUUGUGAUUAAACGUCCUGUAAAGGAUUCUGGGAAAAGAGAAUCUAUUGGAUACCAAGCUCUGGUUCUGGAUCCCUGUCCUAGAACAGUUUGCCAGUUCUUGUCUAUGGCAGUAGAGCAUAUUGACCAACUGCUAGAGGACUGGUAUCCCAGUCUAGGUACUAGAUUUGUUCAUACAUCAGAAGGGAAAAUGUUGGUAACAAGGCUUGUCCCUUGUCCAAGAUGUCUGACCAAUCAAACAGACAAGGAGCAGAAUGAUCCCUGGAAAGAUUGGAACUUUGUGAGUAGCAGACAGGUUGAAGAGCUGCUGGCGGAGAACAGGGUUCUCAAAGCAUCUCGACAGUCCAGGGAGAGCAGGGAUAGUGGAGUAGGACGGGAGAGUCCCAGGAACGGAAAGGGGACUUCUGAAUCUAUGGAACGGAAGCUCGAUGUAGCAAAGCAUGGUAUUGGAGCACAGGAAGACAAGGUUUACACAUUUCUGGUUGAAGAAUGCAUUCUCUACGCUUUUGAUGGAAAGAACGCUGAAUGUCCUCUACAUGCUGAACUAUCCUUAGCUCAGAUGGCUCCUGACACAGUAUUUCUUGACCUUGGAGAGAGGUUAGUCAUGUCCUCAGAGGGUAUAAAGAGGGGUUCUCUGAUUGGACGUGGUGCAUUCGGUUUUGUAUUUGGUGCAACAUGCAGGAGUAGGGGUGGACAAGGUUUCAGAGAUGUUGCAAUCAAAAUGCUCCAGCCAGUAAACCCUGGACCCAGAGCCCGAUCUUCAUCAUUAGCAGCAUACAAGGCUGCGAUGACAAAGUGGGAACGUGAUCCUAUGCAAUAUGCUUGCAAGGCCUAUUGUACAGCAAGACAGGAGCUUAAUAUUCUACUGCAUAUUAAACACCCUCAUGUAGUCCCAUUAGUGGGUAUCUGUAUUAAACCCCUAGCCAUAGUACUAGAGCUAGCUCCAGUUGGAGCUCUUGACUCAAUGCUUAAACAUUACAGAAGAUCUGGAGCUAAACUAUCCAUCCCAUCAAUCCAGCAGAUCUGUAUUCAGAUAGCUCGAGCUCUGGAAUAUUUACAUCAGCAGCGUAUUAUAUACAGAGAUCUUAAAUCUGAAAACGUUCUUGUAUGGAGUUUACCACAACCCUUCGAGGAGGGAGAUGCAACCAACGUCCACAUGAAGUUAGCCGAUUAUGGGAUAUCCCGAGCCUGCUUACCGACCGGAACCAAGGGGUUUGGUGGGACAGAGGGUUUCAUGGCUCCGGAGAUAAUGAAGUAUAACGGAGAAGAAGAAUAUACGGAGAAGGUUGAUUGUUUUUCUUUUGGGAUGUUUAUGUAUGAAUUGUUAACACUUCAUCAACCAUUUGAAGGACAGGAGACGGUAAAAGAAUUGAUUCUUGAAGGUGGUAGACCUCCCCUCACUCAACGUGAACUCUCAUAUCCGUCCUACUUUGUGGAUUUAAUGGUAACAUGUUGGUCUCAUCACUCCAGGGAUCGACCUACCGCCAGCCAGAUAGUUUCCAUUGCUUCAGCUCCCGAGUUCACUCAUUUAUUGGAUACAAUACUCCUGGAUCAGAAAUCUUGCUUUGCCUCUAGCUCAACCACCAGCCUAAAACUAGGUAGUAUAAAUGGACACCAGGAGCUCUGGCUAGCUUCUAAACUGAAUAGUAUGAUAAGCUCUGAAACCCAGCUCAAUGUGUUGGACGCAAAUCAAGGAGGUUGGUUGAAUCAUUUCAUUCAAAAGGAGAAGCUGGUCGACUCUGUCACAAGCAUGACAACUGUCCAGGACGCUAUCUGGGUUGGUACUAGUCAGGGAGAAAUACAUUCCUAUAGCUCAUCAACAUACAAGAAGAUUUUCUCUUAUCAUAUGGACCCUGGAGCUGAAAACCCGUCUCCCAUUCGAUCUUUAUACUUUAUAAAAUCUUCAGGGCGUGUAGUGGUUGCUCUCCACAAUGGAAGAAUAUUCUUAUGUCAGUCUGACAUGAUCCCUGUGAACCCUACAGGUGGAGAAGGAACCUUUAUCCUCACCGAGCUGGGAACCUCAGGUUGUGUUCAUUGUGUCACAAGUAUACUGAAAGCGGAGAACAAGGUUGAGGUUUGGUGCGGUCAAUCUCAGGGAGCAGUUGCAAUAUUCUCCUUGACAGACAGUGUAGUAACAAACCAGGAUAUCAUGAACCAUAACCUGGAGCUAGGGGAGGUGAUGCAGGUUGUGUCUACUGAGGAUAACAAUCAUGUAUUUAGCUACCUGUAUCCAGGUUGUUUGAUCUAUCAGUGGGACGUCGAAACUAAAUCCAUUACAUCCAAACUAGAUUGCAGUAAACUUAUUCCUUGCUCAGAGUCUUUAAAAACUAUCAACAUUGAUGACCAGUUCUCUCCAGGUAGAUGUCAAGUUUCCACCUUGGAGGUAGUUGGAAACCUGCUUUAUAUAGGAACCUGUUGGGGUUGUCUAGUAGUUGCUGAAACCUCUAAUCUCCGACCUGUAACCGUCUUCAGACCCUUCGGGGAGGAGAUACAGAGCCUGGUCAGCUUCAGCCCAAUGUCUGGGAAGCAGUGCCUGGUGAGUAUAGGACGAGGAUACAGGAACCUGAUCAGUAGGUUCUGUACAUCAUCAGGGACAGAGGAACUGGAGACAGAGAAAAUAUAUGCUCUACUCUGGCAGACCGACUCGUGGAUCAUGGUGUAAUCAAAUACUACAGCGAGCUAGUUAUCCAGAAAAGGUUUUUAAGGAUACCAUCGUGAAUCGGUCAUGUAACUAUUUUAACGUAAAAAUUAUUAAAUCCAGUCGACAAUUCCCUUUUUUGAGCUAAAGGGAUAAAUGAAGGUUUUAAAUAUAUAUCUCAAGGUUUGUAUAAAAUUUAAAGAUCGGAGCUUUGAUCAGGUUAUUCUAGGGGUUCAUGUUUAUGGUUGAAGGUUGUCAUAUUUAAUUCUAUCCUAACCAAGCAUAUUAGAUGAUAUUUUGUUUAUGUAAUAUAUAUUUCAUUGUUAUUGUGUUUUAUUAAGAACUCGUUCAGAUUUUAAUUUACAUUAUAAACAUCAGACGAUAUAAAAAAAGAAUGAGUACAAUUUUCUGACAACAUU